GGAAUUUCCUGAAUAGGACACCAAGUGCUUAUGCUCUAAGAUCAACAGUUCCAUCUCUUAAAGGAUGUGCUGGCCAUUUGGUUUUGCACGCCAGUGUGGGGUGAAAUAAGAGUUCUGUAGAUUCCAGUUCAAUUAAUAGCUCCAGGCACCGUAGCAGUUCACACUUCCUUACCCAAGGAAAGUUUAAAGGGCACCAAAACCUACCAUCAUUACCGAUGAUGAAAGAGAAAAGAUACAGUAUUGUGGAGUUUUGAAUGUGAAUAAGACGUGGAAGGAGACAAACACAUUUUUGUGAACAAAAGAAUUUUCUGGACUGAAUGCUACUUUAGAACAUAAUUCAUAAUCGGUGCUGUAAAAAGCAGCAUUCUAAAUUUCUAAAAAAAUUUAGAAUGAUCCCAUCUAAUUAAAAAAUUUUUACACAACGUAUCAAUGAACUCAGUCUACACUAAUUGUAAUAAUUAGUUUGAGAAAAUUGUGCCCAAACACAACAUUGUAUCACUGAACAGCAGUGAAAAACAUGUCUUCUCAUAUUUUUCAACCCUCUCCAGCUCUUGUUCAUUUUAUAAAUGAAACUAUAUACCCAAAUCUAUCGAGAUGCCCUCAAAAACAUGUAAAAAAAAAAAGCAAAAUAAACUAUACAAAUGAAAACUGCCCUGAAGGCUGAGUAUGAGAGUCCCAAUUUGGUAUGCUGCAAUCCAAACUAUCCCAUGGCUUCUGAUGGUAUUGAAGCCUCAGCGAGGCCUGCGAAAGGCCCUAGCCCCAUGACUUUGCAAGAAACAGAACCCAGGGCAAGCUUCCCAUACGUCACUCCCAACACUUUCAGAAAGCCUGUAGCUUGCAGCCACUGCCUGCACGCGCGGGGUUGUUGACCCGGAAGCAAUUCAGGAAGUGGGUGGUGUUGGCUGUCAGUUCCGGUGCAUCGGUGCAUCGCAGUUGCAUUCAUUUGCUGCUUGCCAGUCGUCGCUUUCGGAUUUGGGCAAUCGGAGCUGGUGUAGCUGAUCCAGAGCACCACCAUGGCUGAAGAGGAAUUAGGGAACAGCCAGAGGCAGAGUGAAGAAAUCGAAGCAAUGGCAGCCAUUUAUGGUGAGGAGUGGUGUGUCAUUGAUGAGAAUGCCAAAAUAUUUUGUAUUAGAGUCACUGACUUCAUGGAUGAUCCCAAAUGGACACUUUGUUUACAGGUGAUGUUACCAAGUGAGUACCCGGAUACAGCACCGCCUUCCUAUCAGUUGAAUGCUCCUUGGCUGAAAGGGCAAGAACGUGCAGACUUAUCAAACAGCCUUGAGGAGAUAUAUGUACACAACAUGGGUGAAUGUAUUCUUUACCAGUGGGUCGAGAAGAUAAGAGAUGCUCUGAUUCAGAAAUCUCAGAUAACCGAGCCAGACCCAGAUGUCAAGAAGAAAACUGAAGAGGUUGAGGUUGAGUCCGAAGAAGACCCUAUUCUGGAACACCCGCCGGAAAAUCCAGUUAAAACAUUGGACCUUAAAAUCAGUGAAGAAACUCCACCAGAAAAUGAAGAAUUGCCUCCGGUUGCUCAUGGCGUUCCUAUUACUGACCGAAGGAGCACUUUUCAGGCUCAUGUGGCCCCUGUCGUCUGCCCUGAACAGGUGAAACUGGUUCUUGCUAAGCUGUACGAGAAUAAGAAGAUUGCCAGUGCCACCCACAACAUCUAUGCCUACAGGAUAUUCUGUGAGGAUAAACAGACCUUCUUGCAGGACUGUGAAGAUGAUGGAGAAACAGCUGCUGGGGGCCGCCUUCUUCACCUCAUGGAGAUUUUGAAUGUGAAGAAUGUCAUGGUGGUAGUAUCCCGCUGGUAUGGAGGGAUCCUGCUGGGACCUGAUCGUUUCAAACACAUCAACAACUGUGCCAGGAACAUUCUGGUGGAGAAGAACUUCACGAAUACCCCUGACGAGUCAACUAAGAGCUUGGGAAAAAAGAAAGUGAAGAAAGACAAGAAGAAGAAUGAUCAUUAAUACUUGAACCUGUGUGAAAGGUUAAUUUCCCAGCCACUGUGUACAUGUUCCCAGUGGUCAUGGAGUACAUUAAGAUAGCACACUGACAGCUCAAGUCAGCCAGUUCAUCAUGGUUCCACCAGCAUUGUGUUUCCUCCUCUGGUUCCACCAUGUGCCAGAACUAGAGAAUCUAGAACAUAUUCACAUGUGUUUCACAUUUAUUUGGGAGAACAGCUGUGAGCUUAUUUACCAUUUCAUAUAAUACUAGGAAGUGACACAUGCACAGAGUUGUUCCUGAGCUAAAUGUCAGUUUCAGUAUUGUCAUGUGCCUUUGUCAGGCGGGGAAGACAUGUGUCUCCAGAGGAAUAGAAAGGCCACAUGUCUUGCGAUAGAAAUCGCCAUGCUGUUGAACGAGCAUUGCUUUCACAGCUCCCGAUCGCUUUCAGUGUGGGAGCGCAUUGAAGACGGAGGUCUCCGGGAGUCUUUCUCUUGUGAUUUCACAAGUUAGUCACGCUUCCUUCCAUAGUAUUCAUCAUGGAGUGCUAGUUUACGUGAAAACCCACGAGUAUUCAUCUGUGAUCAUGUGCCACAGUGAUAGUUUACAUAUUUGCUACCCCAAGUGUUACUCCUCAGUUUUGUUGCAAAUUGGUGAUUGUGAAGUUUCAAAAAGCUACAAUAUUUUAGUUGUUGCCUUCUGUUGUUUGAUUCCUGUAGUGACACACAGUGACCAUUCAGUCUCAGAAGUCCUUCCGUCCCUUAAAUGUCUUGAGGUAACAUUCCAGUGUCUCUGAACGACCUGGAAGCACUUCCUUGUGCCCUUCCCUGUGCUCUGGUCAACUCACUUGCAGAAGGAGAUAGAGGCAGCAGGACACCACAGGAGCAGGCUGCCAGCUGCACCAGUUUGAUACACACUUGCCAUUUGAACUCUGGCCAGAAUUUUUUUUUUUAAUUCUGUGAUUUUUUUUUUUCUUUUGAGGAGAGAUAGAGGGACAAAUCUUUUGAUUAGAUUAAAAAAAAAAAACUCCCUCCAAAACUUUUUGUCUAAUCUCCUUUUUUAAACAAGUGUUUUAUUUAUUUUUUUACUUGCAUAUUACUUGUAAGAAAAAACACAAAAAUUCCCUUUGAUGUGUAUAAGCUGUACCCUGUUAUCUUUCAGAAAUAAUGCCAACAAUUACUAAAUUGAUCAACUGAUGACAGACUAGUUUGAUUCCCCUCCCAAGGAAGGGUAAGAUGUGAGGAGGCAGCUUUGGGAGAAUGCUGGGGCAUAGAAAGCGUCUGAAGUUGUACAGAUGUUUUUCUCUUAAUUUGUAAGCUUGAAAGAUCCACAUCCUCACUUGGUACUUUAAAUAGGAAUCCAGUAGCCAGCUUUACACUAGAGUGGGUUCUGAGACAGAAGUCUUAUUUUCAACAUUAUUUAAUGUUGUAAAUUAUCAAGAAUUAUAGGAUGACCUAUAUGUGUGUAUUUGGAACACUUACCUCUGUUUCCAUGAAAUGCUAAGUAUAUCCUAUGUAUUAAUUGUUACAGAACUUAGACAGUAUUUGCUAAAGAUAAUGAUAUAAUCUUGACAUUUCAGACCUGUGAAAAGAGAUUAAAAACACUAAGAAUUUUAUGCUGCAGAAAAAAGGAGUUAAUUUUCCUAGCACACUGGAUUAGAAUUUCCUGGUGUUUUGUCUAAAGUGUAUUAGUGUUUACAGAAGAAAAGACAAUUUUUUAUAUCUCUGACCUCAUUUUCCUUCACUUAAAAAUGUUAUGUUUUCCUCAUUUUACAAGAUUACUAACCACAUUUUGUGGGUUGAGAUCCUUAACCUUCUUCACUGCAGGUGGGAGGGGAGAUCCCAGUUCUUCAGUUCUAACUCCUGAAAUCACAUAUUUCACACCAUCAAUGCAAAAUAAUGAUAGCAUAUUUUUCUCUAUUGAAGUAGAAAAAAUCAUAUGUAGAGAAUUUUCUAGUUCUCCAAAUUAUAACUUUUCAAGCCAGGCGUGUGCUGUGGCCUUCUAUAUUUUAUUAGUUGACAUGUUCUCCACAUGCCAGUUUAUAUGAGCAAAUCGCAUCCACGUAGAUGGGCAGAGCAGAAGCUGCUAGUGAGGUGUCUGUGUCAGAGACAGGCUGUUGGAAGGAAGCACUAAUACAGGACAGAUAAAGCAGAUACUGUUUACAGGGCAGGUGAGUGAUACUGUAAUCUCAUCCAGUCCACUAAAGAGAUGACCAUAAAUGGUGUAUACAGUUUUUAUUUUUUAUUAUGCAUGAUUUUGUAUAUAUGGCUAUUUUUCUUUCCGUAAAAAUGGUAUUAAACCGUAUAUACUGUUUUGUAUCCUACAUAUUUCAUAUAGAGGUAUAUUGUAAACAUUUUCCCAUAUCAAUAAAUAUUCUUCUAUGGCUUAA